UAUAUAUAUAUAUAUAUUUUUGUCUUAGUUUGUAUCGAGCAGAUCUGGAAAUUUUUCUUCUACUUUAGAAAGUUCAUCACAAUUCAUUCUCAUUUUAGAAGCUGUAGAAAGCAAAAUCCUUCAUCUGAUAGUCGGCGUCAAUUUUUGCCAAACACCGAACCAACUCUCAUUUGGUUUCUAUUUUUACAAUCAAUCCAAUCAGUUUCGAAUAAUGACUUCAUAUUCAUUCGGUUAACAUUGGGGAUCAGAACGAUUGGAUUAUUCCGCAUCAUCUCAAUCGAUUGAAGGUCAAUAGGGUGUUCACAGAUCCCUCCAUCUUUCACUUUUGAUGGAUAUCUGUCUGUUGCCGUGUAUCUAAUCGGAUUCAGUAUCAAUGGUUUCGCGAGGGAAAGGAAACUAUCCAUGGCAACUGGAACUAUGGCCACUACAGCUGGUGCAGUUGGUCAUAAGUACUAUGCAUUGAAUAAACAACUACAGACGGAAUGGUUAAUAGUACAGGUACAUUACAAAUUCCUCUAACCUACCUUAUGCAUCUAUGGUGUUGUACAUUAUUAAUGGUAAUGUAUUGAUUUAUUAUAUGUUAUUGUUUAUGUAAAUAACUUGAUAGAGUCAUCCAUAUUAGUAGCUUGACUGUGAAAUAUGGAACUGCAUUUGAAAAAUGUAUCUAUGGAUGAAUAGUUUAAAACAGUGAUAAUUGAAAUCAUAUUCACUGGAUUAUAUAGAAUUAUAUUUGUUAAAUCUUUUCAAUGUAUUGAUAAUGAAAGAACAUUAAAAUAAAACCCCACAAAAAAAAAAAAAACAAAAUUAUUAGGAGUAUAGUAUGUUCUACAGUACAAUAAAAUUGAAGAAAAUAAACUGAAAUUAUUAAUCGAGCAGAAUAAUUGGAUUUAGCAUCUAGUUUGAUUAUAAUUAGAAAUUCAUUCAGUUUUUCAAUUGAUUUUAAAAUAAUUUAUUAAUUAAUUAAAACAAACUAAUUCAAAUUUGAUUUGAACUAUUUUAAGUGGCCCAAACCAAACUUGUUAGAAAAAGAAAAUAAUUUAGCGCUAAUUAUACACAAAAUUAGUAAAUUAAUUAAGUAAUAAAAAUCUAAUUACUAUUAAAUUAAAAUAAACAUAUAUUAUUGAUUUAGGAUGGGGCCAGCAGGGGCCGUGGCCCGUGACCCCACCCUAAAUCCGCCCCUGCUUAAGAGGCUACCGGGCUGAAAUCAGUCUGCCUGUAGAUUUCUUCAAAGUUCAUGUUCCUCCGCAAUGGAUGCUACCGGCUAACUUCAAUUUUUCUAAAGUUUUGGAACUUUUAAGAAUUUACUAUUAUUAGUUGCAUAGGUAAUUUACAUAAUAAGGAACAAAGGGUUUACAUAAGAUCUCUAAAGUUGGAAUUUGGAAACAUAUAAUUUGCUACCCAUAAGACUAAGGUGAAUUAUCUUUGAACAAGGUGUUCCAAAAUAGAAUGGGAUCUCUCGCAAGUCGGUGGUAAAACGUAAAUAUUAAAAGGAUCGAUCAUGGCUCAUCUUUCUUUAGAAAAAAAGUCUCCCGUCCUAAUUAAACCUCUUUGAGAGAGUUUAAAAUCCCUGGAAAAAUCUAAUUUGAUGAUGGAUUACAUGAGCGAGAACUUGGUUUUUCUUGGAAACAUGAUCGUUGAUGAAAUUAUGGAACCAGUGGAUGAUGACUUACGCAAGUUUGCAGAAACCAUGGAGUCUACCUUAGAGGAGGCAGAGGAGAAUCACUCUAAUCCAGCAACAAAUCAGCCCUUCUGUCCAUUCCAAUAUCAUCAUGAUUAGGUAAUUGAUGUUGACGCCAUUGACAUUGAAGAUGAUGAUGAUGAUAAUCAAGAAGAAGAAGCACAAGUAAAUGCGGAGAUUCUGGUAGCAAUGAUGACACUCCCCCUCGGUUACCGGGCUUAUAUUUCUCGAUCACUUCAAUCACGUUUUCCGAAUGCUACAGACGAGAGGUUAGAGAUUUUAGUACAAAGUAUAUUGUCGGAAAUUGCUGCUUGUAGAGAGGGUUCUGAUGAUUGGGAUGAAUCUAUAGAGGAAUUGAUAGAAGUGCUCAUCCAUAACAGAGAAAUAGAAUCAUCUGAAUUGACAGAGGAAAUUAUUCUCCAGAACUUAAAGUUGAGAAGAAGCCAAGCAGAAGAUCUUAAAGUAAUGUGCGUGAUCUGCCAGUGUGAAUAUCAACGGAAAGAGUUCGUCGGAAAACUGGGAUGCGGACAUGAGUAUCACGCUGAUUGUAUAAAGAGAUGGUUGUUUGAGAAUAAUUCUUGUCCUGUUUGUAAAUGUAAAGCAAUUGAUUUGAUCUAAGUUUGAUUCAUGAAACAUGCGACAUUCCGAAUACUACUACUACUGUAGUGUGAAAAUUAGUUCUAAUGUUUUUGGUUUACGUUUGAGAUGCACCCAUGUAGUCUAAUAUCUUCUUGUUUGCUUACUUGAUUCAAAGUCUCGAUUCUGAUUAUGUUUUCUCUGUUAUUAUUGAACUGCAUUAUCAAGCACAAGUUUGGCUUUUA